GUGGUCGGCCAGCUGAGGACAAGCCCCAGUGUUGUAGGAUAUCAGAUCUGCGUGCUGAAGCUUACAAGUGAGAUAUCAAUUAUCUGUGACUACAGAACGACAAUAUGGAGGGAAGCGAUAAUCCCUCGUUCCACGCUUCCAGUGACGGAUCGGAGAAAGCACACGACAGCAAAGAAAUCGUUAUUGAAAAUAAAGUUGAACUGAAGAAGCAGGUCGGUCUAAUCAGCGGAAUAGCCAUAAUAGUAGGCACGCAAAUAGGUUCCGGGAUUUUUAUUUCACCAAAGGGGGUCCUGAGAGGCACGGGGUCUGUGGCUGCUAGCCUUCUGGUCUGGGUCGGAUGUGGAGUUCUCGCUACGUUUGGCGCCUUGACCUACGCGGAACUAGGAACGAUGAUUCCUAAAUCCGGAGGGGAAUACCCAUAUCUGUACGAGGGCAUCAGCCCGAUCGUUGCUUACCUGUAUGCUUGGGUGACCGUCACAGUUUUGAAGUCGUCCAGUUUUGCAAUCAUCUGUUUAUCCUUUGCCGAAUACGUCAGCGAUCCGUUUUUUGAUGACUGCGGUCCACCAGAACUUGUCAAGAAGUUUCUUGCAUGUGCUGCAAUAGUGACCAUCUCCCUUGUGAACUGCUACAGCACCAAAUUGGCAGCACGCGUUCAGGUUAUCUUUACAGGGCUGAAAAUCCUCGCUCUCAUUGUCAUCAUCAUUGGCGGAGCGGUGAUGAUUGGACAAGGUAACACCGAAUAUUUAUCUGAAGGAUUCAAAGAUACUACCUCCGAUCCUUCCUUAAUAGCAUUGGCAUUUUACAAUGGUUUGUGGGCUUAUGACGGCUGGAACAAUUUGAACUACAUUACUGAGGAACUUGUUAACCCAAACGUGAACCUCCCCCGCUCUAUAAUCAUUGGGCUUCCCUUGGUGACGGUUCUAUACCUGCUGACAAACAUCUCCUACCUAACUGUUAUGUCUAAAGAGGAAAUCCUGUCGUCAUCCGCUGUGGCUGUGACGUGGGGGGAAAGAGUGCUGGGUCCAGUAGCCGCGGCUAUUCCUGUGGCAGUGGCCUGCUCUACAUUCGGGGCAGGAAAUGGUUCCUGUUUCUCAGCUGGCAGAAUCUCGUUCGUGGCAGCAAGAGAAGGACAUCUUCCUGGAUUUUUGUCUUAUGUUCAUGUCAUUAAAUAUACCCCUGUCAUGGCACUUCUUUUAAAUACGAUUCUGGCCCUGUGUUUCGUGAUACCUGGGGAUAUCAGUACCUUGAUAGACUUCUUCAGUUUUACCGCCUGGUUGUUUUACGGCGCCACAACAGCUGCUCUCUUGGUACUACGCUACAAGUGGAAGGAGGCAGAGAGACCGUAUAAGGUUCCUAUCGUGAUCCCCAUCUUAGUUUUACUGGCCUCCAUCUAUCUUGUCAUCGCCCCCAUCGUACAAGACCCACAGAUACAGUUCCUCUAUGCCUCCCUGUUUGUUGUUGGUGGACUAGUGUUUUACAUUCCCUUUGUCUACUUCAAAGUUAGGUUCAGAUUCAUGGAGGCGCUAUCGAUUGGAAUCCAGUUAUUUUUUGAGGUUGCUCCCAGUAAGCAAGACUGAACGGUCAACACUGGGGAUUUUGUGGGUCGACACCACCUAGAGUACUGAAGAUACUGUAUAGGCAUCAGCGAGACAGAAGAAAGAAUCACCCUGGACAGCUUCUGAAGUCGUCUAUGUUCAGAGUUUAUACUACUGAUUCCGUAGUCAAAUUGCUGAUGUUGUAUGAACGACAGCUUAUACCUUAAAUGGAGAGACCGUAUAAAGAUAACAUGAGAAUUGGGAGAAAGGCCGAAGAAAUAUUUAAAAUUUAUUUAACUUAUUUUUUUUUUAGAUUUGUUUUCAUUGAAGUAAAUGGAGUCAAAUUUUGUUGAUUGUAAAGUGGGCUUAUAUACCUUAUAUAAUUCCAUUGUCAAGGUAUUCUGACGCGACAUCACUUUUUUAUAUUCAUAUGUGGGCGACAUUUAAUUAUUUUGAGAACCUAAAAAAUAGAUAAAUGAACAGAUAAAGUAAAGUAUCUUGACGUCUAGUUUACAGCUGUUCAUCUAGGCAUCAUAUGGAUAAAUAUUGCGGAAGUGGCGUUGCGCCGUAAUUGCUCAUUCAUCGUAGAAGCCUUAGUUCAUUUUUAGCUCUCAUUCAUUUUACACAACAGUUCAGAUCCAUAUAAAUGGUACAUCUCGUACGUCGGAAGACCUGUCAGCAAACUGCAUGCCGCCAUCGUAUAAGUGAAAUGUUCUUGAGUACGGCGUCAAAAACUAAUUAAAACAAAUAAAUAAAUGGCACAACUCCCUGAUGAAUAACUCAAUACAGCCGGUUAAUAACGAGGCACAGGUGUUUGCUGGUGUCGGGUGUGUGCUUGUGAGUAGGGCUGGGAUAGGGGAGGAGAACAAUGGUUAUCCGAGAAGACUAGCCCAUGGCCAGCGAGAAACGGCUUCGGCUGGG